AUGGAGAGGGACGGCCGCCGGAAUGCUCCCCCGGCGAGGGUGUCUCCAGCCCGGACACCCCCUUCCAGGUCAUCGUCGGGUGGGUCACCAUCUUCCAGGUCAGCCACCGUGACACCCUCCCCAACAAGAGUGUACCUUGUCAGAACGACACCAGUAGGGACUGUGCCAGUCCGGGCAUCUCCCACCACCUCAAUGCCAGCCACCAGGGAGGCCGCAGGUACCAGCAUGCCCAAGUUUUCCUGGCAGGAGAGCCAGAAGCGGCUGCCGCUCAUCGGUUGCGUCCUCCUCCUCAUCGCCCUUGUGAUCUCGCUCAUCAUUCUCUUCCACUUCUGGCGGGGCCACACGAGGAUCAAGUAUAAAGAGCCAGUGGAGAGCUGCCCCAGCCAUGCCGUUCGCUGUGAUGGGGUGGUGGACUGCAAGCUGAAGAGCGACGAACUGGGCUGUGUGAGGUUCGACUGGGACAUGUCUUUGCUGAAAGUCUACUCUGGAUCCUCCCACGAGUGGUUGCCCGUUUGCAGCCACAGCUGGAACGACUCCUACUCUCAGAAGACUUGCCGACAGCUGGGUUUCGAGAGUGCUUAUCGGACAACCGAGGUGGCUCACAGGGACUUUAGCAGCAGCUUCUCUGUCUCUGAAUACAACUCCACCCUCCAGGAAAGCCUGCACCGGUCUGAAUGCCCUUCCCAGCGGUACGUCUCUCUCCAGUGUUCCCACUGUGGACUGCGAGCCAUGACUGGGAGGAUCGUGGGAGGGGCCCUGGCUCCUGAGAGCAAGUGGCCCUGGCAAGCCAGUCUGCACUACGGUACCACCCACAUCUGUGGGGGCACGCUCAUUGACGCCCAGUGGGUGCUCACCGCUGCCCACUGCUUCUUUGUCACCCGGGAGAAGAUCCUGGAGGGCUGGAAGAUAUACGUGGGCACCAACAACCUGCACCAGCUGCCCGAGGCAGCCUCCAUCUCCCAGAUCAUCAUCAACGGCAACUACACUGAUGAGCAAGACGACUAUGACAUCGCUCUCAUCCGGCUCUCCAAGCCCUUGACCCUGUCUGCUCAUGUGCACCCUGCCUGCCUCCCCAUGCAUGGACAGACCUUCAGCCUCAAUGAGACCUGCUGGAUCACAGGCUUCGGCAAGACCAAAGAGACAGAUGAGAAGACAUCCCCCUUCCUCCGGGAGGUGCAGGUCAACCUCAUCGACUUCCGGAAGUGCAAUGACUACCUGGUGUAUGACAGCUACCUCACCCCAAGGAUGAUGUGUGCUGGGGACCUGCGUGGGGGUAGGGACUCUUGCCAGGGAGACAGUGGGGGACCUCUUGUCUGCCAGCAGAACAGUCGCUGGUACCUGGCAGGGGUCACCAGCUGGGGCACAGGCUGUGGCCAGAAAAAUAAGCCUGGGGUGUACACCAAAGUGACCGAAGUCCUUCCUUGGAUUUACAGCAAAAUGGAGAGUGAAGUGCGCUUCCGGAAAUCCUAA